UCUGUGUUUUAUACAGGUAGGCUCAAUCGUGCCAGAGCGUAACACAGGGCCGUUUGUUGCUUGCAUUUUCUUUACGGCGAUCUUAUGCAAGAAGCAUGGAGGAGUACGCUCGAGAACCAUGUCCCUAUCGAAUUGUUGAUGACUGUGGUGGUGCAUUUGCAAUGGGAGCAAUUGGUGGUGGUCUUUUUUCAUUAGUUAAAGGAUGGAGAAAUGCACCAGUAGGUCAGAGAGUUUGGGGAAGUAUCGCAGCAGUGAAAACCAGGGCACCUGUACUCGGUGGCAAUUUCGCAGUAUGGGGUGGUAUGUUCUCCACAUUUGAUUGCUGUCUUAUGGCUGUCCGUGGUAAGGAAGAUCCUUGGAAUUCAAUUGGUAGCGGUGCACUUACUGGUGCUGUCCUUAUGGCGAGAGCCGGACCUGGUGCAAUGGCACGUUCUGCAGCAGUCGGUGGUAUAUUACUGGGACUAAUCGAAGGAGUUGGUAUUAUGAUCACAAGGAUGACAGCUGAACAGUUUAAACCAGUUAUGCCUCAAAUGCCACCAGAUCCAAGCCAACUUCCUCCACCACCACCAGCUUCUUCGAGUGGCACUCCGUCCAAAGAAGCGAAUGAAUGGGGGACAGGACAACCCACUUUUCAAUGAUCAAGAGAAAAGUGAUUCACUAAAAUGUCAAGAACAGGAGCAACACUAUGGUGAUUGCGUAUGGUGCAUCGUUCGUCAUCGUUAUAAGAGGUUUGCUGUUCGGUCCGCCAGAACUCGUUUGCGGCUUUUUGCGUGAAGAAUUUUUGGUACAAACAAUAAACCAGAGUACAGACAUUCGCCAACUGAUAUUUACUUUAGUAAAAAAUAUUUGAAAACGAAAUGUACAUAAGUAAUUUUGCAAUAUCUUACCUUACUUAAAGAAGUUCUCCCA